AUCCAUGCAACACGCACGCGCAUGUCUAUGCGUGUCUAUAUGGAUGAAUAAGUAGAUAAGUAGUUUGACGAAUUAAUGAAACAAAGUAUCGUACAAUUACACGAAUAAAGAACAGAACGUUUUACUCAACAUCGAAACAGUGGAGGAAAUGACACCGACAUCCUCUCAUAAGAGAAAUGAAAGUGGGUACCACGAACAAACCUCUUAAUGAAAAAAAGAGAGAAACACAAUAGUAACAGCUACAUCACAUCACAAGAAUAUGGAAAAGGGAAAACAAGAAAACGUGAAAAAGUAACAUAUCGUAUUCAUAAGGAAGAGACUGGGAGUGGUAAUUCUAUCAUUGACGCUUUUAUCAAUUACGGGAGAAAAAUCAUAUGAUAUUGACGACAAUAAUGCUACAGCACACACAAAUAUUACAAUAUCAUUGCAAGAAAAAUCACAUCAUUUGACAAUAAUACCAAUAGCACACACAACUAUUGCAAAAUGUUACAUAUAUUUAUAUCAAUAUACAACUAUCAUAAAACUACUACAAUAAAAAUCGCAUGUAAUUUGGCAGCAAUACAGUGGUACACAUAACAGAUAAAAUAUACUACAAGAAAAAAACAGCAAACAGACGACUAUUAUAUAAUUAUUACUAAAACUUCUUACAACGAAAAUCACAUACCAACAGCACACAACUAAUUAAAAACUAGUACUGAAAAUAUUUAAAAAAUUAACCAGACACACGCAACGACUACAAAAUUAUAAUAUAUGUAUGUAUAUAUAUGGAUAUAUAUAUAUAAUAUAUACAUAUAUACUAAUAUAUAUUAUAAGGAAAUCACAUAAUAUAACAGCAAUACCAUUAGCACGACAGCCACGACUUCGAGUACGACACUUUCCUUCUCCUCGAGAACGACAGCGCUCGGAAUAUCAACACAGAGGUUGAUGGGCGUCCCGUGAUCAACACUCCAAAGGAAUAUCUCAUGGCUGCUAGUGACGACCCCACUGCAGGUUCACACCUAACUGGGACUAUACCAUGCCUUCUGUCCAAGCGUGGGAAUGUUAUAGUCAAUGAGGAAAUGUCUCACGUACAGGAUGAGGUGGGGAAGCUGCAGCAGCACCUGUCCCUACUGCGUGAACAGUACGUGAAACUGCAGGAAAGAUACACAGCACUAGAGCAGCAGCAUGCUAUCGUCACAGCAGGCACUCAGGUCUCGGAGGGGGAGGACUCCUUCGUCACAAGGCUCUUGCGUUUCGUGGCCGAUUUGUAUGACAAG